AUGCCAGCUCGUUCAAGCUCGGAGCCGCUGAGCGGCGCAUCAGCGUCAGGUGUGUCCAAGACAAUGGCUUUCUUCAAUUUUGAUGGCGCCAGCUCUGAAGCUGAAGAGGGGCUAUUUGUGGAGACGGAUCGUCGCCGAUCGUCUGUCCCUCUCGAAUCACCCUCAAACCUGCCCGCCAACGCAAGCGUCCACGGGACGGCAGCUACGGAGGUUGAAGAAGCGCCCCCUGCAGGCCAAGCAACUCUACCCGAUCAAAGGUCUGGCUCGAUGACCUCACAGCCCUCAGAGAUGGAUCGCGACAAAAAAGCGUCCUCGCACAGAGCGCCAUACGCCCCUACCUUCGUCGAUCUAAGGACGGCGACCGAACAGCGCAAACGCAAGCUUGAAGAUACUGCCAUUGAAGACUUCAACACCAAUGCAGCCAUGGGCACAGAGCACACGCCUUGGUUCACCUCUGAGAUCACGAGCGCUAUGACCGGCUCGUAUCGCAAAAUCGCAGAGACUGGCUCGAGCGAAGCUCCAAAGGCGCCAGCCAGCCGUGCGAGAGGUGUGAGCGAUCCGGAAAGCAAUUGGUUCGACGCACGGGUACCUGGCCAGUCGGACUCAGAGGCUCCGAGUCACGGUGCGGAGGCCGCCGACCUGACGUCCUCGGUCACUUUGGCCCAAGAUGACAGCCUCCGUAAGUCUUUGCUAGACGGGUAUUCGGAUCGACGUUCUGACUCCAACACCUGCCGUCUUACCUUCAAAGUCGCUGAAGCUGCUCGACGACCGUCGCGCGAGCGCGAAGCGCGUGCUUCACAUUCUUCAAAUCUUGCUACUGAAGUCAACGGAAACGCGCCAAGCACGCUUGAAACGCUUGCGUCGAAUUGGUGGCAGCAAGGCGCUGCUCAGACCCCUUGGCUCUCUGGAAUCUCUCCUUCAAAUCCUGCGUUGCGGCGAGCCACAGUCAUAGGGAACUUGCGGAGCACGAAUGAACCGUACGAACAUAGCGAGCUGAUACGAGAUCCUCCAUCAAGCGAGGCUGCAGGGCAAUAUUCUUUCCAGCCCCAGCCUCACGACGGGUGGUAUCAAGAAGACCUUGAGACAGUCCAUCCGACCUCGUCAGGUCUAGGCGAGUCAUCUAGCUUUGAAGGAAGGAGGCGCUCGAGGCCCACGGCUAUUGCGACUGCUGCUCUGGCUUCCACUGCCACUACACAGCCUCAUGCGGAGUCGACUGGCUUGACGAGCAACCCUAUCGCGCCGCUCCCAGCCAGAAGAACCAUCCCUGCUGGCGGAUCAGCCAAUUUGUCAGGCUCAGCAGAUUACGGAGCACAUUUCGGGGCUUUCUUGAGGUCUUGCGAGCAAAACGUGGGUCCGCCCCAACUAGCUUUGGAGCACUAUGCACCCAGCAGCCCUGCGACAGCAUCAUUCUUCGCUGGCGCAGCGACCAUGGCGUCAAGCAUGCCAAACGCGGCCCCCGCUGCUUUGCCAUCAGCUUCGACCGGGCGCUCUACUCCAGCACUCGUAGCCGGGUCCUCGCGCAGCGGUGGUGUGUCCACUCCCUUGAGCUGGGAUGAGAGACCGGACGAGUUCGACAUUCAAAGGCAAGCCCGCAUUCGUGCCUCGACUCAUGCCGGAAGUUACGGCUACAACGUGAUGUCAGGCGCGGCGGAUCCUGGCUUCUGGGAGCCUCUGGACCGAGACGCCUUCACGGUCAAUCAAGCUUUAAGCUAUGACACACCGCAAAGAUCUUUGCGCGUAGAGAGCAUGCCUGGUACGCAAAACCCUUUCCGUUCAGCCGCCUAUGCUCAGCAGGCUCGCAGUGGGGCGUACGCUUCACCUGCUGCGAUUCAGGCUCGCCAGGCGCAGACGUACGGUCAAGCAGACGCCGGAUCUUCUCAUCAGGCCGCUGGAGCCUCUCGUCGUCCUCUUGCUGGUCUGCAACGAGCAGACACAUACACAUCACUGCGUGACUCAUCAACGGCGAGUCAAAGCCACUCCAUGCCUCACAGCUCGAGUUCGCCAGCACUACUCUCAAAUACUAAUACCCGCAUGGAAACGCCACCCCCUUCUUUUGCGCCCUCCUUCGAAACUGAAGACAUUGUCCUCCGCGCCCUUCCGAAUUCGCUGGCAGGCGAUGUCCUUUAUCCUUCCCGUCAAAGUCUGCCAAACACUGCACUACAGCCACCUAA